AGCAUCAUGAUUGAAGGGCAACGAUUUCAGUACGCGCGCUUAGUAUCGAUCUAGCGUUCGGAAGCAAUGCAGUGGACAAUUUUUCUAGUUUGUUUGGCGAUCGCCAUUCCGCAACUUCGGGCGGAUAGCGUCGAGUCGGCAGAUGAGGAUCGUGUACCGCGUUUGAUCGGAGGUACCAAUGCACCCUGGGGUCAAUUCCCGUCCGCCGUCUCGAUAAACACCACGUUUAAUCUGCACUGCGGUGGCUCGGUUGUAGAUCGUCAGCACGUUCUGACGGCGGCACAGUGUGUGUUCAAUGCGAACCAGCGACUGAUCGAUCCGUACUGGAUCACGGUACAUGCGGGUGACAUAGCGCUCUCUCCGGUCGGUGCCCGCCGACAGACGCGCAAGGUGUCGCACAUCUUCGCGCAUCCGCAGUUCAACAUUCGGACGCUGGAACACGAUGUGGCCGUGUUGCGUUUGGAUCGUCCGUUCGAUUUACCCUCGAACACGAUCAAUCUGGCAAACCGGACGCGUCGCAUUGUACCGAACGGUACCACCUGUCAGUUUGCUGGAUGGGGUGCCUCGACGAAUGCGGUCAACGCGCCCGUUAACGUACUGCAACGGUUCCUGCCGAUGACGGUAAAUGAUCGUGACAUCUGCAACCAAGCGACCAUGCAUGCCGGUCGCAUGCUGGAAGGUCACCUUUGUGCUGGCAACACGGCUGCAUCGAACAAUGCGGCACCGUGCAAUGGUAAUGCCGGUACGGGAUUGUACUGUGAACGGGCGCUCGUUGGUACGCUGUCGUACGGUAUCAACUGUGGCGCUGCCAACAAUCCGCCGGUAUUUACGCAGGUUCGUUUCUACAACGAUUGGAUCGAGCGGCAGUUUAACCAGACGCAGGGAUUGACGCCUGGAUGGACACCAGCAGUGCUGUGAGGUGCUGGUUUCGGACAUGUUUGAAGAAUCAAUAAAAGAUAUUAAGCUGAAGAUCUGCUACUGUAUGUUUUGAUUUGGAG